CCUCUCUCUCUCUCACCCGUCGUCUCGUCACCAUAAAAGCCUCUCUCCCCUCUCUCUCUCUCUCUAGUUUUUUCACCGGCGACGAUGAAAACCUACGGCGAUUGUCACAGACGGUGAGGAAGAAGACUCUGGCGAUUUGGUUGCUCAUGGCGGGGGAGGAAGACGUUUCCAGAACGUUCCGGGCCCUGGUGGAGAACGCUGAUCGGAAGUUCGCCAGAGUUAGGGAUUUGCCGGCGUUCGGACGAGCACAGGGACACUACUUCCACAAGGUAUUCAAGGCCUAUAUGCGUCUGUGGAAGUUUCAGCAGGGGAAUCGGUCGAAGCUGGUCGAGUCUGGCCUUAACCGCUGGGAAAUCGGCGAGAUCGCGAGCCGUAUCGGUCAGCUCUACUUCGGACAGUACAUGAGGACUAGCGAGGCUCCGUUCCUGCUCGAGGCAUAUGUAUUCUAUGAGGCGAUUCUGAGGAGGAGAUACUUCGAGGAAGCUCACGGCAAAGAUCUCAGUGUCCGAUUCAAAGAGCUCCGGUUCUAUGCGAGAUUUUUGCUUGUUUCGCUGAUCGCUGAUAGGAAAGAAAUGGUUAAGCAUUUGUCUGAGAAGCUUAGGGUUCUGGUGGAUGAUAGCAAGUCGAAUUUCCGGGGCACCAAUUUCAAAGAAUGGAAGCUAGUUGUGCAAGAAAUCACUCGCUUCAUGAAAGCUGACACAGACUUAACUUAUGUAAGGCCUUUGCGAUAUUGCUCUACGCUUGAUUCCCAUCUGGCUUCUCAAACAUACCUAACACGGUUCCACGCAAAGAAAGUGUUGAGGUUUCGUGAUGCUGUCUUGACAAGCUAUCACCGCAACGAGGUCAAAUUUGCUGAAGUCACAUUGGACACCUAUAGAAUGCUGCAGUGUUUGGAAUGGGAACCCCGAGGAUCUUUCUAUGAAAAACAGUCUAUCGAACCAAAGCAGAAUGGCGUUGUAAUCGAUCAUUCUGCACCUUCUGGCCUAAUUGAUGUAAACUUGGACGCCGAUAUGGUUGAUCGAUCAUUACCUCCAAAUCCUAGGAAAGCAGUUCUUUACCGUCCCUCUGUAUCUCACUUGCUGGCGGUCAUGGCCACGGUUUGUGAUGAGCUUCCUCCGGAGAGUGUGAUGUUAAUAUAUAUAUCAGCAUCGGAGGGUCCUGUUCGCAGUAACGUUCCGGAGUCAGAGAGCUCUGCAGGUUCGAGUAAAUCUUCAAAAAGCAAAUUGCUUUCCCGAGCUUCCCAGGAACAGAAGAGUUCCAAGUUUGAAUCACAUUCACAUAGUAAUGGACAGAGAUUGCGUGGCGGCGAUUAUUAUGAUAGUCAUAUAUGGUUGGGUCCUAGAGGAGGCUCUGGUUCAAACAAUCUGUACCCUGGUGAUAUAGUUCCUUUUACACGGAAACCCCUUUUCUUGAUCAUUGAUAGUGACAAUAGCCAUGCAUUCAAGGUCUUGCAUGGGGCGGAAAAGGGUGAGCCAGCUGCUCUGCUUCUUUCUCCUCUGAAGCCAUCAUUCAAGAACCCAUCUGCUGCCGCUGAUACAACGCAAAAUGGAAGCCAGUUUACCUUCUUCUUAACGUCUCCUUUACAAGCAUUCUGCCAGAUGCUGGGCCUCGGGGACUCGGAUACCGACCCAAAUGUUUAUGAAGAAGCCGAAGACAUACUCUCCGUCGGGUUUUCAGAGUGGGAAGUGAUUCUCUCCACGUCCAAAAGCCUAGACCUAGUUUGGGCGCAAGUUCUAUCCGAUCCAUUCUUGAGACGGCUCAUCCUCAGAUUCAUCUUCUGCCGGUUUGUCCUGAAGGCCUUCUCCCGGUCAGAAGAUCUUGAAUCUAGCUCGCCCCUCUGCUUUCCCGACCUCCCGGGCUCCGUCUCGUCGGGGUCUGAACCCGUGAAAUCUGUUCUUCGCCGACUGGCCGACCACCUGGGAGUCACCGAAUGUUUCAGAUUCUGACAGGGCAUAGAAUAUGGUAAAAACGUUAGAGCCUAUCUCCACUGGUUUGUUAUACGAAGACAAGUGGUAUUUAGGUGGUGGGGGAUUUGAGUAAAGUGUGAUUUGGGGAUUCUCUAUGAUUCUUUUUUUUUUGUCAUUUUGUAAAAGAGAAAGCCAAUGUAGCUAUGAAAUUGAACCGUGUUUUAGAAGAACAAACAUAUAUAUAUAUAUAUAUAUUAUUAGUCUUUUUUUUUUGGGUUUUUAUUCCUUCUUAGUGUUGUACGGACUACGGAGGUAAACAUAAUAAUUUAAUGUGCAUUGCUUAAGGAGUAUUUUGCUUAUUA